AUGGUCAGCGCUCGCGGCCGGGGCGCGGACCGAUUGGUGCGACAGGUUGUCCCUCAAAUGAUGAGGCGGGCUCUAUACCUUUGCCAUCUGACGGUGGCGGCCGAGGAGCCGCUAGGAAUCGGUUUGUUGAGUUUGGAGACUGUUCUCCUUCAAGACAAGAAGCAGAAGAACUACUGCGUUGCCUGUCAGGAGCUGGAUUCUGACGUGGACAAAGAUAACCCAGCUUUGAACCCGCAGGCAGCCCUGUCUCAAGUUCGAGAGCGACAGCGUGUCCUCAAUGGCCAGGAGGAGGCGCUCUGCUCCCGCUCCACUCCGGAACUCUCGCUCGAAGCCAGGUCUCUGCCCGCCCCUUGUCUGGAGCCCCCUGAGCCAGCCCCUCCCCGGGCCGAAGGUGAUGCGCCCCCGGGGCCGGCCUGCCUGGGCACCCCUCGUGCCAACGCCCGCUGGGAGGCCGAGCGGGCGGUCCUGCAGAGGCUGGCGUGGGCCUGCGGCGAGCUGGAGCGGGCCUCCUCCGUGGAGUACAGCUCUCAGCUCUGCCUUCUGAUCCGGAACUGCGCCGACGCAAUGCACAGCUUGAAGCGGCUGGCGUAGUUGCACUCUGGGGCGGGGGGUGGGGGGGCACUCUCUGUCGGAGGUCGCGACGGUCUGAGCCCUGAAUCUGCCAGUGCUGUAGCACACCAGGACUCCAGGGGGCGCUAAUGUCCGUUUCAUUGGCUUUAGUGCACCCUGCAAGCCACAGAAAUGUCCUGCUAUGACCUCCAGCCAAAUUUGACUUUGCACGUUUGGGGAGCAAAUGAUGUCUCUAGAUGUGGCAUGCAGCAAUUAGCCGUAGUGAAAUUCGGAGUAUAAAGGUUCAGUCUAGUCAGCCUCCCUCAUAGUGCUGGAGGCAUAAUCAUUUGGACAAUCUCCCAACCCAGUUCAACAGCCUUUCACCUUCUCCCUUAUCCAACAUCUCUGCAACUAAUAAACACAACUGUUAGCCACACCCCUCCCUCUCACACCCCCACUUCCCCUUGCAAUCAUUCAUUUUGAAGACCGUUUAAACUUUAGUGUUUUGGAAACUGUAGGACAUUUCCUGGAGGGUUGGCAUUCCUCCCAUGGUCCUGGAUUGUUACAGGAAAUCCUGUCUGGUAUUGAAUAGAGGUUUUGAGAGUUUGUACAGUUGUUCUGGGUUUGGGGGGUGGGUUCCAAGGUCGAUAAGAUACUGUUCACCUUUGGGUCUUGAGCUCAACAUCUGCUCACACAGAAAAGGAUGAAAAUCCUCACUGACUAUGGGUGCUUUACUCUGUAUCUAACCUCAUGAUUUCCCUGUCCUGGGAGUGUUUGACAGGGACAAUGUAGAGAGAGCUUUACUCUCUAUCUUACACUGUGCUGUCCCUGUCCUGGGAGUGUUUGAUGGGGGGGACAGUGUAGAGAGAGCUUUACUCUGUAUCUAACCCCAUGCUAUCCCUGUCUUGUCUAACCUCAUGAUGUACGUCUCCUGGGAGUGCUUGAUGGGGACACUAGAGAGAGCUUUACUUGCAGUUUAAGAGUGGAGAGGCUUUACUCUGUAUCCAGCCCGGUGCUGUACCUACUCUGGGAGUGUUUGCCUAAUGGAAUGGGUCAGUGCUGGAACUUUUGACCCCAGGUUCCAGCUGAAUCAUUCCAAGGAGUAGAGAGAUGGAACCGUGGAGGUUGAAAUACAUUUUAAAAUGAUUUCAGUCAAACUAAUUGCUAGGGUUGUUGCUCGAGUCCAUUGCUAGUACCAUGAGGAUUCCCAACUGAAAUCUGCAUCUCAGUUGGACGUCGCACUAUUGUGUGGAGAUAGCAUUUGGAUCAUAAGCUGUUCUGCAGCGCACUGAGCCCAGAGGUAGCCAGUGCUGGGAUUGACGGGACUCCAUACGGCCACCAGAGACAGUCCCCUCUUUCCUACACUUCCACCCAACCGCUGGACUGUCGUUUUUUUUUGUAUUUUGGUUUGUGUUAAUAAAGUAUUUGCAUUUCU